CUCUGCAGUCGGAGGAUGCUGACGACCGACUGUGCGCCUUCACCGACGGCCUGCAGGGGGCGGAGCCUGCUCCCACCAAUGAGCUGCGAGGAGUGGUGCAGGAGAACGGCACGAUUCGCUGCAGCCGCGGCUCCCGCUGCUAUGGAUUGUGGGAGAAAAGAGCCGACGGGGAAAUGCAGCUGUUGAACCAAGGCUGUUGGACUCAUGUCGGCCACCAGCAGGAGUGUCAUGGCGACCGCUGCGUCCUUGUUGCUGUGGCGCCGUCUCAGGUGCAGAAGGCCAACUAUCGUUUCUGCUGCUGCAGCCGCGACCUCUGCAACGCCAACUUCACCGAGGCCCCGCCCACCGCCGACACCCCCGCCCUGCAGCCGAUGAAGACAGACGGCCGGGACGACGGGCAGACAGAUCACCAGCUGACGCCGGAGGAGACCGCGCUCGUCGCCCUGGUAACCGUCGCCAUAGCAGCCAUCCUCAUCGGGGCGCUGUUCCUGGGAUACCGCGUGAUGAAAAGGAAACAGAAACACAGUGUGUCUGCUGUGGAUGUGAUGGAGGCAGCAAACAGCCAAUCAGCUGUCGACCUGGACAGCCUCAAACUGAUGGAGGGCUGUCUGUCCCGCUACCUGUCCGUCCACUCGGUGGACUGGUCCACCUGCUGCAGGAUGACUCACGGUGUCACCAGAGGACUAGCCUUCCUGCACACGGAGCUCUACAGAGCAGACCAGUACAAGCCGGCCGUCGCCCACAGAGACCUGUCCAGCAGGAACGUCCUGGUGCGAGCCGACCUGUCCUGCGUCCUCGCCGACUUUGGUCUGUCCAUGAGACUGACGGGCAGCCGCGCCUGUUGCCACGGAGACGAUGACACCAUGACCAUAUCUGAGGUGGGGACGGUGCGCUACAUGUCUCCAGAGGUUCUGGGUGGAGCUCUGAAUCUCAGAGACUGUGAGUCGGCGCUGAAGCAGGUGGACGUUUACGCUCUGGGUCUGCUGUACUGGGAGAGCUUCAGGAGGUGCUGCGACCUGUUCCCAGGUGAAGCCGUCCCUGACUACCAGCUGGCCUUCCAGGCUGAACUGGGGAAUCAUCCGAGCUUCGAGGACAUGCAAGUUCUGGUGGUCCGAGAGAAAUUCAGGCCGAGGUUCCCUGAAGCCUGGAAGGAGAACAGCCUGGCGUUGCGUUCCCUGAAGGAGACGAUGGAGGACUGCUGGGAUCAGGACGCUGAAGCUCGACUCACCGCUCAGUGUGCAGAGGAAAGACUGGCUGAACUCACACUGCUGAGUACACACACCUCAGUACACAACCACAGGAAUCUGUCUCAUGGCCGGUGGCCUCCUCAGGUUGGCUCCGCCUCCCCCUACAUCGAGGACCUGCAGGUGGGCGUGGUCAAGAAUCUCCAGGGAGACGGACACCCAUCGUCGCUCAUUAAGACAACCGCGAGCGGAGCAGAAGUUGCUGAGAAGAACAGAAACUACGAACGUCAGCAGCUGCUGUGGACAUCUGUCAGUCAGUGCAGUAACUGCUCCUGUUGUCCUCCAGGUGGCGUCGGUUCGAGUGUCCCUGUCUGUCUGCAGCUGACAGAAGAAGACUUGGAAGCCAACAAGCUGGACCCCAAAGAGGUGGACAAGAACCUGCGGGAGACUUCUGAUGACAACCUGAUGGAACAUUCCCAGAAGAACUUUGGUUCUGAUCCGGUUCAGACCAGCAGCCUCCUUUACCAUCAACUGCUGCACAGCUCUGAGGCUGAACUCGGGGUCUUUGUGGAUUCUACUUCAGCCUCCAUCCACCACCUGCCCAAACAGCAGAACCUGCCCCAGAGGCCCACCAGCCUCCACCUGCUGCCCAAAGCCAAGGACAGCAGCUCCGCCUCGUCUCGGCUGAAGUUGGGAAAGUUCAAGUCAAACCACCGACAGGUGGAAACAGGUGUUGCUAAGAUGAACACGGUGACAGUCGUCGCGGCUGCAGAGCCUCACCUGGUUACCACGGUUACCAACAACACAAGAAGCAGUGCUGCAGUUGGGAAAGAAGUCAACACUGUCACGGUGGUCGCCAGCGGCUACAGUGCAGGCGUCCCCACCCUGGUGACCAACGGGAUGAUCGGCGGAGGUCGGACCAACCCAGCUGGACCGCAGGUGGAGGACGAGGACAAGGUGGAGGACGCAGCGAGCAGAGAAGACAACCGCCUGAAUCUGCUCAACUUCAGUCCUGAUGAACACGAACCCCUGCUGAGCAGAGAGCAGCCGCCUGCCGAGAGCGAACCUCUUCAUCAUCAUCAUCAUCAUCACGGCCGAGCUGGAGGCCUCCUGUCCGGACGAGGAUCCAACACCAACAACAACAACAACCGGCUGGCUCCGCCCUCACAGGUGAACGUCCAGGGUUCAGAGGUGGAACCUGAAAGGACGAUGCCCUCCGAGGUCCGAGGAAUCAGCAGUUCUGAACCUGAACCACAACCAAGCAGUGGACCUCCUACCACUGUACAUGGUAAGAACCAGGGCUCAGAUACUGGCCUCCAGAAUGCUGCACCAUCAGUGCUGGCCCCCGGAUACACCCAGUGUCCAGAAGAUCAACCGGCCCCCUCUGCUGUCCCUGCUGAGGCCCCUCACUGCAGAGAUUCUGCUUCAACAAAACCUUCAGAAGCCCAAACCUCAUUUUCAAAAGAGACACUAACCCUCCCUCAGAAACCUGCACCACCAGAAACUCCAGAUCCAGCAUCCCCAACAUCAGCUCCAGGAGCUGCAGCCUCAGGUCCAGAAGCUUCCUCCCUGGAGAUGUCAGAAUCUCCAGGUUUGGAGUGUCAGGAUUUAGAAACCACAGCUGUUGGAGAAGCUUCAGUUCCAGUACCUGCAGCUCAAAAAAGUCCAGCCUUAGAACCCCUGACACCAGUUCUGUUGCAGUCUCAGGUGGGACAGACCAAAGCCAGGAGGCCUGAGCGUCCCUGUUCUCUGGACCUGUCGUCCUCCUGCAUCUCCUCAGAGGAUGUUCCUGGGAUGGAUAUCGGCAGUCUGAGCGCCUCAGGAGAGAAAAUAAAACGCCGUGUCAAGACUCCAUACACUCUGAAGAAGUGGCGUCCAGCCUCGUGGGUUGUCUCCACCGACACAGCCCUGGACCCGGACUUUGACUUCAACUCCACUAGCAGCACCAGCCACCUCCCCGGUGGUCUUCACAGAGCAGGAAGCCUCGGCAUCCCCAGAAUCAACCAGUCCAAAUCCAGCAUGGCCGUGUUUCUGGUCGGAGGCGGAGCCACGGCGACCACGACCUCCGAGCCCGACGGGAUGACCUGCUUCUAAAGUCUGAUCACAGGUUCCUUCUUUUCUUCGUGUUUCUUUGUCUUCCCUCUCUUCUGUUGUGAAAAAUCACAGUUAAUUGCACCAUUUGGCAUCCCCAGUCAAACCAAAGGCUCCGGACUGCAGCGAGGAUGAAAACUUUCUGACCAAAUUCACAGGACAUGAAGUCAAACCCACUUUGAGAUGUGUUCAUGAAGUUUGGGCAUUUUUUUCUGAAGGACUCCUGCUGAUCGACAGUUUUACCUUCAUUCAGCCUGAAGACCUGCGAUGUCCAGAAUAUUUUGAAGAUUCUCUCACCUCCAGAUGUUUGCCUCCAGUCCCAGCUGUUCUUCUGACUGCCAGGUGUGGUCAGCUGUUUGUGGGUGUGGCCUAAAGGUCUUCACGGGUCCACCUGGGACCAGAUUUUGUUCAGUGUGAUCAAGUCUGCUGUUACUGCUGUAGGUCAUGGUUUGUGUUUUGAUAUGUCCAAUACCUGAGUGGGUGUGAACGGAACAGCGUGUUUUAGGCUUGACAGGAAGUCUGUUGAGGUUCAAGGAUCAGCUCCUGAUCCAACAGCUUCGACUGUGACGUUAACGCAGAGCGACCAGAACAACGACAUGGUUGCUGGACUGCAGCUCUGUGUAGGAGCUAGAAUAAUGUUGGUUUGUUAUGUUAGCCUGGGGAUGCUAAUUUAAACCCUUUUAUUUACCAGUAAGCAUUAGCAACAGCAGCAUUAUCGAUCAAAUGAUUAAUCAAUAUGACCUUGAAUUGAAUUCAAGUGGACUGUUAUCCAGAUGCUGCUAUCAGCCUUUAACCACCACCUCAUAUGGUUAACACCUCCAUGACCCUGGCAGGCUCCUGCUAGCCUUAGAAUAGGUCAGCUGUGGUUGGAGGCCGUUCACUUUGUCGUGGUGCUGUUGUUAGCAGAACUCCCACAGUGAGAUCUUUGCUCUCGUCAUGCAGGCCUUUGUGCUGCUUUCUAACCUGCUCAUGUUGCUGUGAACAUGUGGAGCUGCAGGUCAGAAAACUCUCCAAAAUGAAGUAAAGAACUGCCAGCAGCCUCCAGACAGCGACACACGGUGCAGCUCUGGUUUGUGUCCUGGACCUGCUGGUGGUGCAGCAGGUGGAACAGGACGGUCACAUGUUACCAUACGUUGGUCUUUAAGCAGAUGAGUGAAUGAGCGUUGGAGUGCAGCGAAGCAGGUCGGUCUCUAGAAGUGAACGUUUGUUGGCUUUGGACCAGUGAAUGGCAGUAAAGUCCUGCAAGUCCUGAAGUCAAACCGUUUUUGUUUUUAAAGUGCUGAUUCGGCUCCUCUGGCUGACACCUGAUCAGAUGACUGGGAUCAGUGUGGAGCAGCUGCUUUGCUUUAAGUCCAGUUCAUGAUCUGCACAUAAACCUGAGAAGAAAAAGGACAAACUAAGUUCUGAUCCACAAGUCUGUUUCAGGUUUUCUCCCACCUGCAUGGUGAUGUUGGAUCUUUGGAACAUUUAUUGAAAUGAAAGAGAAGUUUGUAGGAAAAUGAGGGUUUGAUGAAACCUUUCAACACCUCAGCACAGACUGAGCUGCUGGGCAGGAGACACCAAGGGUUAAACCUUCAACCUGUGUCUGAUGGAGAGGACGAGACAGUACAACGGAGCACAACACGGAAAUACUCAAGUCAAACACCUGAAAACUGCACUUAAGUACAGUACUCGAGUAAAUGUACUUUGUUACUUUGUGCUGCUGUUGGCUGAUGAGAGGAUUUCAUCAAACUGUACUGAAGCACUUUAAUCAAAGUGAAUGUUGUUCAGUGAAGUGAGGAACAGCUUGAGCAGGAACAGUCAGAACAGUGACUCCACUAUGAUAUGUUAUAUAUAUGUUACAUAUAUGUUACAUAUGCAGCAGCUUUCAUGCCUCCUGAAGUUCACCGUCUGCCACAGGCUGAAGAACUUUGUUCUGGUGGUUCCUUCAUGACGCAGUUUGAGGGUAGAGAUGGAAUAAACAGGAACAAGUGUGGAGAACAAAUGAAAAGAGAGACGAGCCAUGAAGCCUCCUCAGGUCUCAGCACCGCCUGGAGCUGGAGCUCUGUGAGGAGUCAGCAGCUGAAGGACGACGUGACCCAGAAGGUGUCAGUGCUGCAAGUUCAGCUGUUGAAUCCAUCUGAGAAACUACUGAUCCAGCUGAGGAGAGUCUGAUGUUUAUCAGCGUGUUUCAGAGCUGAACUUCAGGUGGUUUCUGAUAGAGAUCUGGACCAGCCUGAACUCCAACCACAUCAGAACACAGUCAGAAACAACAACUUGAGGGAACCCUGAAACCUCCCAAGAACUCCAACUGUGUGAAAACCACCUGAUCAAAGCUUGAAAUGCUGAUAUUUUAACAAAAUCACUUUAUUCUGGAUUUCUCAAAACCUAAACCGUUUGAAUGAACCAGGUUCUGUAGAACCAGAACCUUCCUCCUCCUAGUUCUGAUCCGUGCUGCAUCUAUUCAUUG